AUGGAUAAAAAGAAAAAGCAAUAUGCAGAUACUGUACUGUACUCUUUUUUUCUGCAUCUGGUUGAUCUCAAAGCUGAACUCUACAGGAAACAAGAGCAAUUCAAACAUGAACAAUUGGGGCAAGAUGCUGGGACUAGUGCCAAAUCCCCCAAAAGCAAGAAACCUAAUGUAUGGAUCAAACAGAAUGAGGGUGUUUCAGCUCCGGCACAGAAAGUUGUGGAACAGGUGGCAGAGGAAGAGAACCAGGCAAAAUGCAAACUAGAGGAGAAAGUUAAACUGUAUGAGCAGAUGACCAAAGGAGACUUUCCUGAUGAGGAGACAGAGGGACUUUUCCUGGUGGAUUUCACCCAGAAGAUUAUUGACAAGAGAGAGAAUCAUGAACCCAGGCAAGGAAUGGGUGGACGAUCUUGGAGAUGCAUGAAGAAAGACCUACCAGGGUUCAAGAAAAUUGACCUAGACUUUCAGGGAAAAGGACGUGACCUGGCUGAGAAGGACCGACUGUCAGAGGACAUGCGUGGAGAGCUGCAGAGGUAAGCCUGGGAGAGGGAGGAGGCCAUGAACGGGCCUGUGGGACGAAUCCACUACGAGGACAUCAGGGAGCAACAGGCCCGUGAGCUGGGUGUGGGCUACUUUGCAUUUUCUCAGGACCAGGAGCAGCGCAGGACAGAGACUCUGGACAUGCUCAGACACCAGACGACAGACCAGCGCAGUAAGAGGGAGCAGUUGAAGGAGAAGAGGAAGGCUCUGCUGAACGCUCAGUUGGCCAAGGUGAGGCAAAGGAAGAUGAAGACUAAGCUGGACGGAACACAGGACAACCAGGGAGCUGGACACAACCACGAAGAGGAUGAAGCCCAUGAGGAGGCCCCUGCAGUGAAGAAGUUGGAGGUAGAGAUCCAAGAGAGGAGAGACACCAAGUCAGGAGUACCCCACGUCAGAGAUUGGGACAGGGGAAAAGUGGACUUUUUGGGCGAGUGGACGAGUCGGCGGCAGGAUGAUAGGGAGUCAGAGUUCACUCCUCCCUCUGUGUACUUCAGCGACGAUAAGAGACAGGGCUAUGGGAAAUGGGCCAAAAGGGAGCAGGACAAACCCAAAAUGGCCUUCAAGUGGUCAGAGGGGCAGGGUGGAGGGCAUAAGGAGCCACCUCAGGCCAAGCCCAAAAGUAGUUAUUUACCCCAGCCACAGUCAAGUACCCCUGUACCCUCUCAACCCACAAUGCUAUUCAUUGACUACAGCUCAGCGUUCAACACCAUAGUACCCUCAAAACUCAUCACUAAGCUAAGGAUCCUGGGACUAAAUACCUCCCUC